AUGCAGAAUGGUCCAGACUCCCUUAUAUGGAGAAGUUCUGCUCGCGCAGUCUAUUUGGCACGGCAUUUCGAACCCCUUCAUACCGGGUAA